AAUUCAAUUAACAGUAGAAUACCAAGGGAGGAAAAAUCACUUUUGUAAUGGUAAUGAGGGUGGCCCAUUUCAAACAGUUGACAAGAAGGUGUGAGUAACAGCAGGGGGAAAUUAGUAUGGCAAAAUUAGUUUUUGUAAUGACCCAUCCACUCCCAGUCUUUAUUCAGGCCUAAUUUGAUGGUGUCCAGUUUGCAAAUUAAUUCCAGUUCUGCAGUUUCAUGUUGGAAUCUGUUUUUUAAGUUUUUGUUGUUGAAGAAUUGCCACUUUUAAGUCUGUUAUUGAGUGACCAGGGAGGUUGAAGUGUUCUCCUGCUGGUUUUUGAAUGUUAUAAUUCCUGAUGUUAGAUUUGUGUCCAUUUAUUCUUUUGCAUAGAGACUAUCCAGUUUGGUCAAUGUACAUGGCAGAGGGGCAUUGCUGGCACAUGAUGGCAUAUAUCACAUUGGUAGAUGUGCAGAUGUGAAUGAGCCCCUGAUUGUGUGGUUGAUGUGGUUAGGUCCUAUGAUGUUGUCCCUUGAAUAGAUAUGCGGACAGAGUUGGCACCGGGAUUUGUUGCAGGGUUUGGUUCCUGGGUUAGUGUUUUUAUUGUGUGGCGUGUAGUUGUUGGUGAGUAUUUGUUUCAGGUUGGGGGGCUGUCUGUAAGCGAGAACUGGCCUAUCUCCCAAGGGCUGUGAGAGUAAGGGAUCGUCCUUCAGGAUAGAUUGUAGAUCCUUGAUGAUGCGCUGGAGAUGUUUUAGUUGGGGGCUUUAGGUGACGGCUAAUGGCGUUCUGUUACUUUCUUCGUUGGGCCUGUCUUGUAGGUGACUUCUGGGUACCCUUCUAGCUCUGUCAAUCUGUUUCUUAGCUUCACCAGGUGGGUAUUGUAGUUUUAAGAACUCUUGAUAGCGAUCCUGUAGGUGUUUGUCUUUGUCUGAGGGAUUGGAGCAAAUGCAGUUGUAUUUUAGGCCUGGUCUACACUACGAGUUUAGGUCGAAUUUAGCAGCGUUAAAUCGAAUUAACCCUUUUUAAAGGGCUCUUAAAAUCGAUUUCUGUACUCCUCCCCGAUGAGGGGAGUAGCGCUGAAAUCAACAUUGCCAGUUCGAAUUAGGGUUAGUGUGGACGCAAUUCGACGGUAUUGGCCUCCAGGAGCUAUCCCACAGUGCCCCAUUGUGACCGCUCUGGACAGCAAUCUGAACUCGAUGCACUGGCCAGGUAGACAGGAAAAGCCCCGCGAACUGUUGAAUUUCGUUUUCUGUUUGCCCAGCAUGGAGAGCUCAUCAGCACAGGUGACCAUGCAGUCCCAGAAUUGAAAAAGAGCUCCAGCAUGGACCAUACGGGAGGUACUGGAUCUGAUCGUUGUAUGGGGAGACAAAUUCUGUGCUAUCAGAACUCAGUUCCAAAAGCUGGAAUGCCAAAACGUUUGAAAAAAAUCUCCAAGGCCAUGAUGGACAGAGGUCACAACAGGGACUCAAAACAGUGCCGCGUGAAAUUUAAGGAGCUGAGACAAGAGUAUCAGAAAGCCAAAGAAUCAAAUGGACGCUCUGCGACAGAGCCGCAGACAUGCCACUUCUACGCUGAGCUGCAGGCAAUUCUAGCGGGUGCCACCACCACUACCCCACCCCGUCCAUGGACUCUGAUGAUGGGGUACUCUCAGUCGCCAUGCCUGAGGAUUUUGCAGACAGGGAAGAUGAGGAGGAGGAAGAGGUUGAGGAAAGCACACAGCAUACCGUUCUCCCCGGCAGCCAGGAUCUUUUUCUCACCCUGACUGAAAUACCCUCCCAAGGCGGUAUCCCAGACAAAGGAGCUGUAGAAAGGACAUCUGCUGCAAAUGUUUCAAGCCUCCCUCCUCCGUCCCAAAGGCUAUCUCAGAUAAGACGGCGAAAAAAACGCACGUGCGAUGAAAUGUUCUCUCAGCUUAUGCAGGCAUCCCACCCUGAAAGAGCUCAGCCGGAAGUGUGGAGGGACACAAUAGCACAGGACAGUAAAGUGGCCAGUGAACGUGAGGAGAGGUGGUGGCAGGAAGAUCAGAGGAGGCAGGAUGCAACGCUGGGGCUACUGUGGGAACAAACGAACAUGAUCCAGCGUCUGGUGGAGGUUCAGGAACGUCAGCUGGAGAGACUGCCGCUGCAGCCCCUGUUUAACCGCCCUCCCUCCUUCCCAAGUUCCAUAGCCACCUCCUCACCCAGGCGCCCAAGAAAGGGUUGGGGGAGGCUCUGGGCACCCAACCACUCCACCCCAGUGGACAGAAGACUGUCAUUCAACAAGUAUUGAAGUGGCCUUUUCCUUCCCUCCUCCCACACCCCACCUGGGCUACCUUGUGAGUUAUCUCCCUAUUUUUAUAAUCAAUUAAUAAAGAAUACAUGGUUUUUAAACGAUAGUGACUUUAUUUC